AUGGCGAACCGCAUGCCGAUGCAGUGGUGUGGCCUGGCGCCGAGCGGCAUGUGGCUGCAGGACACGAUGUUCGGUCGGGUGACGGAGGAGACGCUGAGGGAGGCAUUCAGUGCCAAGGGUUACGUCACUGACGUGCAGCUGAAGUACACCCAGGAGGGCAAGUUUCGCGGGUUCGCCUUCGUCGGCUUCAAGACCGAAGAGCAAGCUGACGCCGCCAUCGAGUUCUUCAAUGGCACUUACAUUGGAGCGACCAAAGCUCUUGUGGAGAAGUGUGCCUCCCUUGGGUCUGCCGACAAGCCCCGUGCCUGGAGUAAGUAUGCUCCAGGAAGUUCCGCACAUGUCCGUCUGCACGGAGAAAAGGCCACCAAGGCCGCUAAACAAGAUGAAAAGCAGCUGAAGUCGAAGGAUGAACAGAAGUCGAAGGGAAAGGGUACCAAGUCUAAAAGCAAGUUUGAAGAGGUGCUGGCCGACCCGUCGUUCAGCGAGUUCCUGGCCGUGCACGAGAAGGGCCCGCGUGCCGUCUGGACGGACGACGUGCCGCAGCGGCCGACCGCGCCCGGCCAGGACUCGGCCGGCGAGGACCAGGAGGACGACGACGAGGAGGAGGAGCGGCAGGAGGAGGAGCAGCAUCCGCCUGGGGAGAUGUCGGAUAUGGACUUCUUGAAAUCGAAGAUUGUAAAGAAAUCUGGUGGCAGCGACGGGGACGCCACUGAUUCGGAGGAGUUUUGCCUUGCCGUUUUGCCUUGACGAUCUCGGGCCACUUGAUCAUUUCGGGCGCGACUGAUUCAGAUGUGGGAAGUGGCGGGCACAUAAUUAAUAUCCUCAAAUAUCACAUGUUUCCAAAUAGCCCUCCUGAAGCUCGAAGCAAAUGACGGAGCCCAGAAGGGCUCUUUGAAACUGCUGGGUGGACAGCUGAGACAGCCAGACAAGGAAAAGAACCUUUGGAAAAUUUCCUCGAACAUGAGGUAUUAAGAAGAUGGAUCAUUGAACAGGACCCAUGGGAUGGCAAUACUCACCGCUGAGAUGGCUGAGCCCCAGAUAUUCAGGGGGUCCGGAAACAUCCAUCGGCCGUCGAGACAGACAAAGCAUCCAUACGAGGAAAUGAAGGGGCUCGGGAUGGUCCAAGAGUCUGAUUCGGUUCGGCUAUUGGGAUCCUGACGGGCCGCUGGUUACCUGGACCAAAGGCCUGAUUCAUUUCGGCUAAUGGGAGCCUCACGGGCCGCUGGUUACCUGGACCAAGGGUCUAAUUCGGUUCGGGUAAUGGGAUUCUGACGGGCUGCUCGUUACCUGGACCGUCUAGGGGUUGCUAGACGCUGCAGGGAUCGCUGAUCCGGUUCGGCUAAUGGGAUCCUGACGGGCCGCUGGUUACCUGGAUCGUCUAGGGGCUGCUAUACGCUAUGGGCAUCGAGGUAAUUCAAGGGCUUUUACACGUUUGAGGGUCCCAAAGGCAGUUAAGGGCCUGGGUGUGGCCACAACAAUAAGCCGCGGAGGGCUCUAAAGAUGCCUGGCUAUAGAGGGCUCUUGAGUCACCUGGCGCUGGAGGGCUUUAAAGACGCCUGACGCUGGAGGACUCUAAGGACGCCGUGGGUACUUGGCUGGUUUUAUGCUGCUAGACGUGAAGCGACCCAAAAUGGUCACGCCGGUAAACAGUCAAGG